CAGGUCCUGCAACCGCCACUGCCACAACUAACGCUGCGGUGGUCAGUACGGACCACCUCGCGCUCAUGGCAUUCAAGUCCCUCAUAAAGAGUGAUCCAUCGCAGGCUUUAGCGUCAUGGGGAAACCGGUCCGUUCCGAUCUGCCAAUGGCACGGUGUGGCGUGCGGUGUCCUCGGCCACCGUCGUGGCCAUGUUGUUGCACUGGACCUUGCUGAGCUCAACCUUCUCGGCACCAUCUCACCUUCAAUCGGUAACCUCUCGUACUUGAGACAUCUUAGCCUCCGCAGGAACCGCCUACAUGGAGUCCUGCCUCCAGAGCUUGGUCAUCUGCAGGAGCUGAAGCACUUGAGCCUCAGCUACAACUUCAUCGAAGGGCAGAUCCCGGUGUCGCUUUCAAACUGCAGCAGAAUGAAGAACAUGUUGCUCUACAGCAACAAAUUUCGAGGACAAAUACCAGGAGAGUUGGGCUCGUUACACAACCUUGAGGUACUCGCUGUUGGAAUUAAUAGACUCACUGGAAGCAUCCCAUCCAGCAUUUGGACCCUACUGAAUCUGCAAAUGCUCAUCGUAGAAUAUAAUAAUCUUACAGGAGAAAUCUCGCCAGAGAUAGGCAACCUUGCCAAUCUUACCGUGCUUGGCUUCGGUUCCAAUCAAUUCUCAGGACCCAUCCCUGCCUCAAUAGGAAACCUUUCAGAACUGAACUUCUUUAGCUUCUCUACAAAUAACCUCACGGGAAGCAUCCCCCCACUCGAAGGCUUGUCAUCCCUCACUGUGUUUGAACUAGAUAGAAAUAACCUCAAAGGGAGAAUCCCGGCAUGGUUAGGAAACCUCUCAUCAUUAGUUACUUUAAAUCUUGAUAGAAAUAGCCUGGAAGGGAACAUCCCAGAAGCACUAGGAAACCUUGGCAUGCUUACAGUUCUGUCUCUAUCAACUAACAAUCUUCAAGGGACCAUACCUCAUUCUAUUGGAAACCUUCAUUCCCUUCAGAAUCUUCAUAUAGACUAUAAUAAUGAACUAGAAGGUCCUUUACCACCUUCAAUAUUCAAUAUGUCCUCUCUUGAAGUUCUUGACCUACAAGGCAACCGCCUAAAUGGGUCCUUUCCACCUGAUUUGGGCAACACUCUUCCGGCACUCCAAUUAUUCCUAGCAAGUGAAAAUCAAUUUCAUGGCUCAAUCCCACCCUCCCUGUGCAAUGCCUCUAUGAUUCAGUGGAUUCAAACAGUAGACAACCUUUUAUCAGGAACUAUUCCUGAUUGUUUAGGUGUCAACCAGAAGAACUUGUCAGUGCUGACCUUUGCGGAGAAUCAGCUAGAAACAAGAAAUGACCGUGAUUGGGGUUUCAUGUUUAGCCUGACUAACUGCAGCAGUUUACAGCUAUUGGAUGUUGGUGACAACAGGCUUAGAGGUGAGCUACCAAAUUCAGUUGGCAAUCUUUCCAAAAGUAUGUGGUAUUUUGGCGUAAAUUUUAACAGUAUAACAGGAAACAUACCUGAAGGGAUAGGGAAUCUGGUCGGCUUGAAUUUCAUUAAUCUGGGUAACAAUCUUUUUGACGGCCCUAUUCCUGACUCACUGGGGAAACUCAAGAAGCUGAAUCGAUUGUACCUUUCAAUCAAUAAUCUUUCAGGAUCCAUUCCAUCAAGUAUCAGCAAUCUUCAAAUGCUAAAUUUAUUAAGCCUUGGAGGCAAUGCACUUGGUGGAGAAAUACCCCCUAGUCUAAGUAGUUGUCCUUUGCAAGUAUUGGAUUUGUCAUACAACAGCCUUACAGGGUCAAUACCGAAAGAACUUUUCUUCAUAUCUACCAUGUCUGAUUCCCUGCAUUUAGAACACAAUUUUUUAAGUGGAUCCCUACCAUCCGAUGUGGGAAAUCUAAAAAAUCUUAGACUACUUGAUUUAUCCGAUAAUAGAUUUUCUGGAGAGAUCCCAUCAUCCCUGGGUGAAUGCCACAGCUUGCAGCAUUUGAAUACAUCUGGAAACUUCAUUCAAGGAAAAAUUCCGCCAUCACUUCAGCAACUAAGAGGCCUCCAGGUACUUGACCUUUCCCAUAAUAACUUGUCUGGGAGCAUCCCAACGUUCCUUGAGAGCAUGAGUGGACUUGUCAGUUUGAAUCUUUCAUUCAACAACCUGGAGGGUGAUGUUCCAAAAAAUGGAAUUUUUAGCAAUGCAUCGGCUGUCUCGAUUGUGGGAAAUGAUGGCCUAUGUAAUGGAAUCCCUCAACUGAAGUUGCCACCCUGCUUGAGCCACUCUACAAAUAAAAAGAAGCCAACAUGGGAGCUUGCCAUAACAAUAUCCACUUGCAGUGUGAUUCUAUUUAUCAUAUUAGUAACUACAGUGUUGGUACACCACUACCAUACCAAGAAGGAAAAGUCAAAGGCACAAAUACCACUUAUCAGCGAGCCGCAUAUGAGAAUUUCUUAUGCUGAAUUGGCCAGUGCAACAAACAGUUUUGCUUCUGAGAAUCUAAUCGGAGCAGGAAGCUUUGGCUCAGUCUACAAGGGAAGUAUGACAAGCAAUGGGCAGCAACUUCUUGUUGCUGUGAAGGUGCUCAACCUAACACAACGUGGCGCCUCUCAAAGUUUUUUCGCGGAAUGUGAGACUCUGAGGUGUAUUCGGCAUAGGAAUCUAGUGAAGAUAUUGACAGUGUGCUCAAGUAUUGAUUUCCAUGGUGGUAACUUCAAGGCCCUUGUAUACGAGUUCCUACCAAAUGGAAAUUUAGACCGCUGGGUACACCAACAUCCCAUUGAGGAUGGUGAACAUAAGGCCACAGAUAUCAGCUUGAGAGCGCAAAUUGCAAUUGAUGUGGCAUCAGCACUGGAAUAUCUUCAUCAAAGCAAGCCUUUGCCAAUCAUUCACUGUGAUCUUAAGCCAAGCAAUGUUCUCCUUGACAGUGGCAUGGUUGCUCAUGUUGGGGAUUUCGGACUUGCAAGGUUUCUACAUCAGGAUGCAGACAAAUCAAGUGGUUGGGCAUCAAUGAGAGGAACAAUUGGUUAUGUGGCCCCAGAGUAUGGCCUCGGUAAUGAAGCCUCAACUCAUGGCGACGUGUAUAGCUACGGGAUACUAUUGUUGGAGUUAUUCACUGGAAAAAGACCAACAGACAGUGAAUUUGGAGAAGGCCUUGGCCUUCACAAAUAUGUAGAAAUGGCACUGCCAGACAGGGUGGCUACUGUGGUGGACAAACACUUGUUACAGGAGAUAAAAGAUGGUGAAGGGAGCGCCUCAAACUCCACAAGAGUUGCAGACAUGAAAAUUUCUUGCAUCACUUCAAUUCUACAAGUUGGGGUCCAAUGUUCAGAGGAGAUACCGACAGACCGCAUGGAAAUCACUGAUGCUGUUAAAGAGUUACAGGGCAUCAGAGACAGACUUCAGAAACAUCUAUGCAGGGAAGAAACACAAUUGAGCUGAGGUAUUCCAAUGUCUCGCUAUUACUACAUGACAACCACAUGGCACCUUGCUAAAUCUAACCAGACGGUAAACGACUGCAUCCGCUGGACCUUGCUAUUGGGGAAACCAGGCAACCAAUAAACACAACAGAAGGUGUUGGAAGCUGGUAUCUCAGCAACUUCUUUGCUAUAUUCUAUCUAGGACGGGGUUUCACAAAAGGAUCGACCUUGUUCCCUAUAAGAUCCUAAUGUUGUAAUUGCUGUUCCAGUUAAAUUAUUUAAUUAUAUCGAGCGACUGUCAUGGACAUGAUUAGUUGAUUACCACUA